CAGAUUAAUAAUAAGACAAGGAAGAAAUUGUUUUAUCUACCUUCUACAGACAGUGUUCAACAACAUUAUAUUCGCUAAUUUCUGAGUGAUUUGAUAUUGAAUUCAUAUUCAUUUUAAAAUAAAAAACGAUCUUGUUAGGCUUGCUAUAGCUAAAAGAAAACUGAGGCUACGCCCAUUUUUAUACGAACUACGUUGUUGGUUUUAGCUUCCAACAUAGGCCUAUCAGACACUGCCGUUAUGGAUAUGAUGGUUUCGACGUUACAGCAGCAGCGGGCUGUUACGGAACAGCUCAGAAGGGAGGCUGCCAUCAGACGUGUUCCCGUUUCCGUUGCUGUGGCUGAUAUUGUUCGAUACAUUAAUGAACACGAUCAAGAAGAUUGCCUUCUUGUCGGGUUUUCUAGCCAGAAAGUUAAUCCUUUCAGAGAAAAGAGUUCAUGCACUGUCCUUUAAAAUCUCUGUGAAAUGCAAGCUUUUUGUAUUGUGUCUCUAAAUCCUUGCUGUAUAAUUAUUGUAUUUUGUGAUGUUUAUAUGUAUAUUAAAUGUCAAUGAUGUGAGAAUCACUUAGUCAUUUACUUUUAUUAAUUCUGAAUGUAAUGUCUUAUAUUACUAUUGUUCCUUACUAUUUGUAAUUUAUUAAACUUUGGAAACCAA